AUGUUGAUUCAUGCCUCCGUCUUAUUCUUCUCUAAACUGUCUUUUAACGAAGAUUCAGAAACUAAUGUCACUAAGCCAGGAGUAUAUAAAAUGGAAGAUUUACCUAAUAGUUUAAAAGAUUCAUUGGUAGAUUCAUUAAAGUCAUGCUUGACUAAGCUUAAAUCAGAUGAACCAUCUUGUAAACUUGUUUAUUCAGAACCAUUUGAACAGAAUAAAGAUAAACUUUCUGAGUUUUACCCAGUUUUCUCGUUAGGGUUUGGUUUCAAUAGCAGAGGCAGAAAACAUGUAUUUAUAGUUUGUGGAGAAUAUGAAGAUUGCUCUUUCUCAUUUAAGCUUUUUAUUCAAAAUACAGUUUUGAUAAAUUUGGAACAAUCUGAAGAGGAUUUAAUUUCCAAAUCAGUUUUAGAUAAAACUCAUGAUCAGUUGUCUAAGCUCUGUUCUUAUAUGACUAAUGAUAUCAACAGUUUAUCCUGUUAUGUUUCUGUUUCAACUGAAAAAAAUACUCAGGAAUUGUUUUUGAAUUAUUUUAACGAAUUUCCAGAAUCAGACCAGAAAACAGUAACCAGAAACAGUAACCCUAGAUCAGGUAACAAAUCCAAUAAGAGUAAAAAUGUUAAAAGUGCUCCUAAAACUGAAAAUAAGGUUAAGAACAAAGAUAAAAAUAAAAUAUUUAACGUGGUUCCUCUUUUGGAGAUGUUUGGAUCACAAUUUGCCCUUAAAUUAGAUACAACAACUGGAGCAUUAUCAUUGGCACUGAACAAGGAAUUACCCAAAGUUAUUGAUAAAGAUGAGGAAAAUGAUAAAAAUACAUGUUUAAAUUUAGUUUUUAAGUUUUUAAUGUCGAGUUCAAGCUACACUGAAUCUGUAAAUUAUGUGCCUUUUGGAGGUACAGUUGUACCAUUCUUUGACUUUUCAUCGCAUUCAAAUUUAUCUCUUGAUGGUGUUUUCGAAAAUUCAUCCAAACUAAAAACCGUUUUCAACCCUUAUGAUCUAGUUGAUAAAACCAUUUUAGUCUCACCUCACAGAGCUAUUAAUGCUUAUCCGGGAUGGAUUUCCCCUAAAAAAUCAACAGUUAGCAUGGUUCAAGGGAAUUAUCAGUACUAUCACUAUACACAGAUGGGUGUAAAUGAUACUGGUUGGGGGUGUUGUUACAGAUCACUACAACUAGUUUGUAGUUGGUAUUUACUUGGGUAUCACACGACUAAGCUGGUUCCAACACAUUCCAAAAUUCAAGAAGUUUUAAAAGAAAAUGACGUUUCUCACAAGGAUUUAAAAGUUGGAAGUAACACAUGGAUUGGAACAGUGGAAUGCGGCUAUUUUUUAAACUGGUACCUGGGAUACAUGUACAAAACUCUGUACCUAAAUGAUGUGUCAGAGUUCAGGAAUUAUAAUGUAGUGAUUGCAGAUCACCUAAAGAGUCAAGGAACACCAGUGAUUGUAGGAGCUGGGGCCUACGCCUACGUAAUUUUAGGAAUAUGUGUAGAAUCUGAACAAGGAGAAGUGGCGUAUUUAAUUGCAGACCCACAUUACACAGGAGAGGACUCUAUCAAAAAUGUAGUAAAUAAGGGUGGAAUUGGCUGGAAAAAGGUUGGGUUUCUUUCCAAAGCCUCAGAAGGUAAAUUUAUUAAUCUCUGCCUUCCACUUCUUGAGAAAUAUGGUGUUUAA